AUGAAGCGCAUCCAAGCCCUCGAGGCGUAUCCUGCGGUUUUCCAAUCUGUUUUCCAACAAAAAGUAGGAGAGCUGAAUUUUACUCCUCCGGCAUCGAUUGAAGAAGACCAACCUUCAAGGCAGCAUGUGGUAGCAUCUUCAAAGGAAAUGUGCCAAAAACCUGAGACCAUGAUAUUUACGAUUAUCCUGAUAAGUAUAAGAAACAGGAGCAUAGUUAGGCUGGUGCGAUUGGUGCACCGCAUCAAGUCCCCCGACAGUCAGGGCCCCCGAAAAAUGUGCCAAUAA